GGCUUUAUCCCUGACCACACCAGCAGCCUCCUUAAAGGGUCCGUGACUUGUCCCAACCUACAUCCUAAAUGGCACCCAAGAAGGACGCAAAGAAAGCCGCCCCGGCUCCUGCAGCCGCCCCGGCCCCGGCCCCAGCCGCUGCCCCUGAACCAGUCAAACCUAAGGAGCCAACGAUCGACCUCUCCUCAGUCAAGAUCGAGUUCAGUGCGGAUCAGCAGGAAGAUUUCAAGGAGGCCUUCCUCCUGUUUGACAGGGUCGGGAAUUGCAAGAUCACGUACAACCAGGUGGCAGAUGUCAUGCGCGCCCUCGGCCAGAACCCAACCAAUGCUGAAGUGAAAAAGAUCCUGGGCAAUCCUAGCAAAGAAGAAAUGACUGACAAAGCCAUUGAGUUCGAUCAGUUUCUGCCCAUGCUUCAGACCAUGUCAAACAACAAAGAACAGGGCACAUUUGAGGACUUUGUUGAAGGUCUGAGGGUCUUUGACAAAGAAAGCAACGGCACUGUAAUGGGUGCUGAGCUGCGUCAUGUUCUGGCUACGCUGGGUGAGAAGAUGACAGAGGAACAGGUGGAAUCUCUUUUGGCAGGUCAAGAAGAUGCCAAUGGCUGUAUCAACUAUGAGGCUUUUGUCAAACACGUCAUGUCUGUUUAAAUUGGAUUCCCUUAUGAAUUGGUGCAUACGGUUCUAAGUGGCUGAACAUCUUCUGGCGUCAAAACGUUAACAUCAUGGUACUUGUGCUUUUCCGACCAACAACGACAGUCUUCCCUUAGGACUGUGCAACAACGCUUUGUUUUUUUUCUACUUAUACCAAAUCGAACUGAAUAAAAAGAAAACAAAGAAAGAAGAAAAUAACCUGAAGUUUGCACUGGCAAACCUGAUGGAUAUAAUUGUUUAAUUAUAUCCAUAAUCUUUGGCAUUGUAAGCGGGUGGGAAAGUGCACAUGGGAGUAAAUACCCAGUAAAAUCUAACAGUGGUCAGUCUGUGGAUAUUUCGCCAAAUUAUAUCUCGUGAUAAACAUCUUGCAAUCCUAAUUUAUUUUCUCUGUACUGUGUACUUCAACAAAUAAAACCUGAAAAACAUAUGACAUA